AAACGAGGCAAUAAAUGGUUUCAGUGGUCACUGUCAGACCAACAAUAACAGUCGUCUAAAUUCUCCCAAGACGUAAACUGUUUAUAUAUUUUAUGUAGCUUGAAGUUUAAGUAGUUUUUCCUAGCUUCCGCUUCGGAUGUCUUCUUAAUCCCCUCCAGCCACCGGAAGCUCUACAUAAAGCCGAGGUUGCAAAGUGCGUCACUGCGCGGAGGAUCUGCUGACAACGAGCCUGAACUCCAUCACCGACACUCUCCCCUUCUUCUGUUUGUACAAGAAACCCGAGCUGACGUUUCCACUCCAGCAUGGUGAAGAUUGCUUUUAACUCGGCCCUGGCGCAGAAGGCGCUGGGCAAAGAGGUGCCAGCCGCUGAGAAGGAUCCUGAGCUGGCCUCUGCUACAGCGGGCAGCGAGGGCUCCACAGGUCGCUGUCUGCUCACCCUGCUGGGCAUCGCCUUCAUCCUCAGCGGGCUCAUCGUUGGAGGAGCCUGUCUCUAUCGAUAUUUCACCCCAAAGAGGCUGUAUCACGGUGCGAUGCAGUUCAGUGACGUGUCGACCGGAGCUGGUGGAGAGAGCCAGCCGUACUACCUGCCACGGGUGGAGGAGGAGGUGGAGAUCUCUGACAGCAUGGCCGUCAUCAGCGUCCCACCUCCCCGCUUCAGACCCGGGGACCCUGCCUACAUCCUCCAUGACUUCAACAAGAAGCUGACGGCGUAUCUGGACCUGACUCUGAGGACCUGCUUUGUGAUUCCUCUGAACACCUCUGUGGUGCUCCCCCCUCAGGACCUCAUCGACCUCUUCUCCCAGCUGAUGUCCGGCUCUUACCGCAGCUACUUGGUGCACGAGGACCUGGUGGUGACGGAGCGUAUCGAUGACGUCAAGCCUCUGGGCUUCUACAUCCGCCGGCUGUGUGACGGAAAGGAAACCUACAGAAUGCAACGCCGCUCCAGCCUGACAGGUGGGGGCAUCCAGAAGCGCUCUGCGGACGAAUGUUUCACCGUCCGCCACUUUGAGAACAAGUUUGUGACGGAGACCAGGAUCUGCAAGGCUUGAUGGGAAAGCACGUGCAUAGGUCAGGAAGCGAGAGAGGGAGAGAGACUGAUAGUGAGAGCCAUAUGUCGGGGGGAGAGAGAGUGAGUGAUAGGGAUAGCCAGAGUGGCAGAGGUAGAGAAGGAGGGAGUAGGCGAAGGAGGGAACAGCUUUCAGCAGAAAGUUACUUUUAUAUUAAACUCUUAACUCCAGUUUUUGCCUCCCCUGCUUUAACCCCAGUGAAAAGUGAAUUUAAGUUACAGCAUUGUAUAGUCUAACCCCCCCCGAACAUGUAUAAGUCAUAGCACUCUCGCUCAAGUAUUCGCUAGUUAGUCUUGUACUAGUAAUCAGCUUUCUUACUAAGAAUACACUAAGUUUCAUUUGUUCUGUUGGUUUCUGUUCUGUUGCCGUAGCUUCCUGCUGAAUUAUAAUUAUCUUAUCGUUGUUACUGUAUUACAACAUCCACUCACGUCUAAACGAGAGUUGUUAGUCAUUCUACUGAAUAUCCUAGUGAUACUGAGAAGUCCUUCAUAUCAGACCUGUCUUGUGUGUCCGCCUACAGUUCCCUUUCUUAACGGUGUUUAUAGAGCAGCCUUGAUAAGAUCUACUAUAUGUUAUAGUGUGAUAUAGCACAAGUCACCCAGGAAAUGUAUGGUACAGUUACAGUUACAAUACGCAUGUAACGUGGUUGUCAGUGUCUGUUAUGGAUGGUGCCAGAGAUCUCUGUCACCCCUUGUUGUAGAUAUUUCCCAGAGGCCUCUGCCGUCCUGCUGUGUGAUGACUUUAUGUUAUUAAUUAAGGUGAGCAGUCCGACACCCUAUAUGACUUGUGUUUGUGUAGAAAUAUUAUUUGUGACAAUAAACUUGAAGGAUGGUUGAUGAGCUAAAGGGAAAUUUCACCAAAUUUGAAAACCUAUUCUUUCUGUCAGUUUUUAAAUUCUUAUUUAUGAAUUUGUAGUCCCAUAAUGUGAGAUUACCUUUACUGAGGUAGCUGUAAUAAGCAGCCAGGCGGCUCAGAGUUUUGCAGAACUUGACAUAUUUAAAAAUUGUCACAGGCACAAUAUGUUUGUAAAAAUCCUUCAAUGAAUCUGCAUUAAGCAAUUGUCCUUUAUUUUGAAAAACCCUAAAGGAAAAGCUUUAAAGUAUGAGGGGGAAAAAAAGGCCUUUUGCCAAAUAACUUCAAGUCAUUUUUCAGUGAUUUCCUGCACAGAAAGACAAUCAGACAGAAGUGUGCGUGUCAAAAUGUGUUUCUGUCUCGGCUUUUUAACACUACUAGAAGAUUAGAUAAAAGCCAAUGUUGUGUGCAGCUACUGAAAUGAAUUCACUUUGUUGCUGAAUAAAGUUGCAUUUCUUUACCUACUGAA